UCCUUUAUAAAUAGCCUGGCACAUGAACCUCAAAGUCCACCAUCCGCAAGCUCCACAAAUCAUAAAUAUCUUUCUGCUUUACGGUUUUCAUCAUUUCCAGUAACUCAGCUGCAUUACUUGUUCUCUAAGAAACCAAUUAUUGUUUUUAGUGAUGGAGAGUGUGAGAGAGUUGGCUUCACAGAAGGCUGCUGUGAUCUUCACAAAGAGCUCCUGCUGCAUAUGCCACAGCGUGAAGACGCUUUUCUACGAGCUCGGAGCAAGCCCGGCGAUUCACGAACUCGACCAAUACGCCAAUGGGAGGGACAUGGAGUGGGCACUGAGAAACCUCGGCUGCAACCCUGCUCUUCCUGCUGUAUUCAUAGGCGGGAAAUAUGUCGGCUCCUCGAAAGACAUCAUAUCCUAUCAUGUCGAUGGAUCUCUAAAACAAAUGCUCAAAGAUGCACAAGCCAUCUGGUUCUAGCUAGCUAGGGUUUUAGCUACCUAGUAGCUAUAUAUUAUGCUUAAGCUUGCUAUGCUAAUGUUCUGUAGUUUUAGUAGUCAACACAGAAAAGAAUCGCAAUACCAUCACCAUGCUUAAAGAAAAUGAGUAUUGAGGUGUAGUUUACCUUCUUCUACUUUGUAUGUAAUUUAACUUCCCGGCAACAUUCUAUAUAUAUAU